GCAGUGCUAAGGGCAACACGGCCCUGCACGACUGCGCCGAGUCCGGCAGCCUGGAGAUCCUGCAGCUGCUGCUGGGCUGCAACGCCCGCAUGGAGCGCGACGGCUACGGCAUGACCCCGCUACUGGCAGCCAGCGUGACGGGCCACACCAAUAUCGUGGAGUACCUCAUCCAGGAGCAGCCUGGCCAGGAGCAGGCCGCCGGGGGAGAGGCCCGACCAGGGCUGUCCCCAGAAGGUCCCUCCACCAGCCAGGGGUGUGUGCAGCCCCAGGGGGCUCACCACUGCAGCUCUUCCCUGGAGGAACCCCUGAACGGUGAAUCUUAUGAAUGCUGUUGCCCCACCAGCAGGGAAGCCGCCGUGGAAGCCUUGGAAUUGCUAGGAGCCACGUAUGUGGAUAAGAAGCGAGAUCUGCUGGGAGCCCUUAAACACUGGCGACGGGCCAUGGAGCUGCGCCACCAGGGGGGCGAGUACCUGCCCAAACCUGAACCCCAGCAGCUGGUCCUGGCCUAUGACUAUUCCAGAGAGGUGAACACCGCAGAGGAAUUGGAAGCGCUGAUCACUGACCCGGAUGAGAUGCGCAUGCAGGCCCUGUUGAUCCGGGAACGCAUCCUGGGCCCCUCUCACCCGGACACUUCGUAUUAUAUCCGUUACCGGGGAGCAGUGUAUGCUGAUUCUGGCAAUUUUGAGCGCUGCAUCCGCUUGUGGAAGUAUGCCCUGGACAUGCAGCAGAACAACCUGGAGCCCUUGAGCCCCAUGACUGCCAGCAGCUUCCUGUCCUUUGCUGAACUCUUCUCUUACGUGCUGCAGGACCGAGCAGCCAAGGGCAGCCUAGGCACACAUAUCGGCUUUACAGACCUCAUGGGGGUGCUCAGCAAAGGGGUCCGGGAAGUGGAGCGGGCCCUGCAGCUGCCCAAGGAACCUGGGGACUCAGCCCAGUUCACCAAGGCCCUGGCCAUCAUCCUCCACCUUCUCUACUUGUUGGAGAAAGUGGAGUGCACCCCAAGCCAGGAGCACCUGAAGCACCAGACCGUCUACCGCCUGCUCAAGUGUGCGCCCCGGGGCAAGAACGGUUACACCCCCUUGCACAUGGCUGUGGACAAGGAGACCACAAAUGUGGGUCGCUACCCGGUGGGCAGAUUCCCCUCCCUGCACGUGGUCAAAGUGCUGCUGGACUGUGGGGCCGACCCAGACAGCAGGGACUUCGACAACAACACCCCCCUGCACGUCGCAGCCCAGAACAGCUGCCCGGCCGUCAUGGACGUCCUCAUCGCAGCCGGGGCCCACAUGGACGCCACCAACGCCUUCAAGAAGACAGCCUAUGAGCUGCUGGACGAGAAGCUGCUGGCCAAGAGCAGCAUGCUGCCCUUCAACUAUGUGACCCUGCAGUGCCUUGCUGCCCGGGCCCUGGACAAGAACAAGAUCCCCUACAAGGGCUUCAUCCCAGAAGAGCUGGAGGCUUUCAUCGAACUGCACUGACCUGCUUAGGGCGUUGUACCCUCAUCUCUCCCCCCGUGUUCUCAGAAGGGAGAGGUGGGGAAGGUGUGAGCAGAUGCCCGCCCUUGCCUUCUCUAAACGGGCACCAAACAGGAGAAGGGCUCUUCCACCUCCCGUCCCCUUCACCUGCAGACAGGGAAGACGGUGUCAGCAAGCUGUUGGUGCUAGAAGCCUUCAGAUCCUGUGCUAGGAGGACUGUUUGUCUCCAGGAGCGCACCCACCCAUCCUGAGUUGGGAAAAGAUGCAAGAUCUUCCCUGCAUCCCCUCCGCCUAGGUUCAGAGGCCUUUGCCUUCUUGCCCAGAGGCAGAGGGACUACCCGCCUUCCCUGCUGGAAACAGGAAGAGGUGGAGGGUCAGUCCACCCUUCCUUGCCCCUUAUGUGGCCGAGUGCACCCAGCUGCUGCAUACAGUGUUAGGACGGGGGGCUCCCAAGGUUGCAAGUUCAAAAGUCAAGAAGCAAGAACACCUCUCAUUUCUUCCAGCACACCACAGUCAUGGGCAUGCACGUGGGCAGGGCUGUGCCCAGGGCAGCCUGCCACUUACUUAGCUUUCAGUUGGUUUGAUGUUCUGUUUAUUUCAUAAGUGGGCAGGUUACAAGCUCUGCACAGAGGUUC